UGACUCUGCAAAACUUAUGGCCCCGUUAACUUUGUGUAAUGUUCAAACUCUGCAUGUGCCUCUUUUUGACGAACCUCGAGAUUCCCAUUGUCAAUACCAGCGCGUUUAGCAUCACUCGUGAAAUUGGGGGCCUGGAUAAGGUGUACUGGAUCAUUUCAGCUUACAUGCUUGGAUAUGUUGGGGUCCUUGUCAUCUCUGCCAAGCUCAGUGAUCUUUUCGGGAGAAAGUCAUCCUUGAUUAUAGCCACCUUGAUCUUUAUGAUAUUUUCUGGUGCAUGUGGUGCCUCGCAAACCAUAGUUCAAUUGAUCAUCUUUCGUGCAUUUCAGGGAAUUGGAGGCGCCGCGAACUAUUCUCUCUGUGCUGCAAUCAUUCUGGAGCUGGUACCAUCGGAAAAAUAUGCCAAGUAUACGAGCUCGGUCGCAAUCGUAUACGCACUUUCCCUUCUUCUAGGGCCUAUAUUCGGUGGAGCCAUCUCUGGAUCAUCAACGUGGCGAUGGGUUUUUCUUCUCAAUAUUCCCCCGGUUGCUCUAGCGGGCAUCAUCCUCAUUCUGGCGUUGCCUAACCGCUUCCCAAACCAUCACGCACCGCAAGACGAAAGGAGAAAAUUUUCGUUGCAGAAAUCUGUCCGCGAAGCCUUUCGCAAGGUCGACAUGCUGGGCUCCAGCAUGCUUCUUGUUGCCACAGUAUGCCUUGUGGCCGCUUUGGAAGAAGCGAACCAAGAGUACGAAUGGAAAUCUCCAUUUACUAUUGUCAUGCUCAUUAUUUCCGGAGUGACACGGGUCGUAUUUCUGGUGUGGGAAAGACGAGUCACACUCACCUCAUCUCAAGUCGAGCCCGUGUUUCCGUGGCGAUUCGUCCAUAACCGGGUCUGGAUGAACUCAAUUUUCCUAGGUGGUACAUGGUUUGUUACUAUCUUUCAGCUGCCACAAAGGUUUCAGGUUGUGAAUGGAUUAUCCCCUCUGCAGGCAGGAAUCCGCUUCAUUCCCUUUACGGUCGCCGCCCCAGUGGGAUCUGCUUUGUCUUCUGCUGUGGGUAAAGCUCUCAAGAUACCCCUUGUAUACCUUGUGCUACUGGCAUCCAUCAUCCAGGUUGUGGGAUUUGCGCUUCUUUCCACUCUAUCAGCCUCCUUGGCGAUCAGCACCGCCCAGUAUGGCUAUCAGAUCAUUGCUGGAUUCGGCUAUGGCAUCAACAUUAGUCUAUUGAUCCUGAUGACCCCUUUUACCGUGGAGGAACAAGACCGAGCCGUCGCUAUGGGGGCUGUGGCCCAGUUCCGGGUCAUGGGAGGCUCCAUCUUCCUGGCCAUUGUGACUUCUGUUUCGAACGGAUUUAUUCGGUCCCACUUGGGCGGAUUAUUGGAUGAUGGUCAGCUUCAUUCUGUUUUGCAUUCGGCUGCCGCUGUCCCCAUGCUACCGUCAGAUGCGCAAAUUAUGGUUCGCACGGUGUUUUCGGAGAGCUACAACCUGCAGAUGAAGAUCCUGGCUGGGUGUGCGGGGGGACAGGUUCUGGCCUCGUUUCUUAUGUGGCAGAAGGAGCAGGUCAUCGUAUGA